AUGCGGAUAAGUGCACAGCGUAUUCAUAUUAAGAGUAUUAUUUUAUUAACACCACCACAAUGUAAACAAAUCUAUCUAUUCAUCUAUUCAUUCAUUCAUCUAUCUAUCCAUCUAUCUAUCUAUCUAUCUCAGCCUUUAUCUGUCUAUCCCAGUUUCUUCUUUAUCAUAUAUCUAUCUAUCUAUCUAUCUAUCUAUCCAUCAUUCAUCCAUUCAUCUAUCCAUCCAUCCAUCCAUCUGUUCAUCCAUCUAUCCAUCCAUCUAUCCAUCUAUCUAUCCAUCUAUCUAUCUAUCUCAGUUCACAUCCAUCCAUCCAUCCAUCCAUCUAUCCAUCAAUCCAUCCAUCUCAGUCUGUUCACAUCCCCAUCUAUUCAUCUAUCCAUCUAUCCAUCCAUCUAUCAGUCUGUUCCACAGUCAUUCAUCUAUCUAUCCAUCCAUCUAUCUACAGUCUGGUUCACAUUCAUUCAUCUAUCUAUCUCAUCCAUCUCACAUCUAUCUAUCACAGUCUGUUCAUACCUAUCUAUUCAUCUAUCUAUCAUCUAUCCAUUCAUCCAUCCAUCCAUCUAUUCAUCCAUCCAUCCAUCCAUCUAUCCAUCACGGUCUGUUCAUAUCCAUCCAUCUCAUCCCAUCCAGUAUCUAUCCAUCCAUCUAUCCAUCCAUCCAUCCAUCCAUCUAUCCAUCCAUCCAUCUAUCUAUCCAGUCUGUCCAUCCAUCCAUCCAUCCAUCCAUCCAUCCAUCCAGUCUGUCUCAUCCAUCCAUCCAUCCAUCCAUCUAUCCAUCCAUCAUCCAUCCAUCACAUCCAUUUCCAUCCAUCCAUCCAUCCAUCCAUCCAUCCAUCCAUUCAUCUAUCUAUCCAUCCAUCCAUCCAUCCAUCCAUCCACAUCCAUCCAUCUAUCAUCCAUCACAUCUGUUCCAUCUAUCUCCCCAUCAUCCAUUCAUCCAUCCAUUCAUCCAUCCAUCCAUCCAUCCAUCAUCAGUCCAUCCAUCAUCUAUCCCCUAUUCAUUCAUCUAUCUAUCUCCUCAGUUCAUCUAUCCAUCUGUAUAUCUAUCCAUCCAUCUAGUCUAUCCAUUCAUCCAUCCAUCCAUCCAUCUAUCCAUCCAUCCAUCCAUCCAUCUAUAUAUCUAUCUCAGUCUGUCCACAUCCAUCCAUCAUAUCUAUCUAUCAUCUAUCUAUCUAUCUAUCACAUCCAUUCAUCCAUCCAUUCAUAUAUCUAUCUAUCUAUCAUUUCAUGUAUCACAUCAUAUCUAUCUAUCCAUCUAUCUAUCUAUCUAUCAUCUAUCCAUCUCAUCCCCAUAUCUUCAUCUAUCCUUCGAAGGAACGGAAUACGAGAUAGAUCCAUCCAAGAAGCCAGAAAGAAGAAUUUCCAUGAAAAACGAGCAGGACGUAUUCCAUCUAUCCAUACAACAUUAAUCCAUUUUGUUCUAUCUAUUCAUGUAGAAUAUCUAUCACAGUAUUGCGUCAUUACUCAUCUCUGCAAUAAAUGGAUUCAUCUAUUUUAUUGUCACAGUCUGUUGAAUUCUCAAAUAUUAUCGUUAUAUCAAUCUAUUAAAGCAGUAUCCAUAUUUAGGGUUUAUCUGCCGACAUCCCACUAA